AUGCCCCAGGACGAUAACGAGGGCACGCGAGAGCGAGAUGAACGCAUAGAACGUCUCUGGAGCUCGCUGGAUACGCGUGGAGAAGGGCAGGUUGAUUUCAAGGGGUUCAAAAAGGGGCUGAAGAAGAUCGAUCACCGUAUGUUACUGUCUGCUGCUGCUGCUGCUACUGCUACUGUUACAUCAUAUAUUGAUAUUCCCUGA